AUGUCAGACUUUGAGUUGCAUAAACUUUGCCUUUUAUAUCGAAAAUACCUUGGCAAAUAUGCUUUGAAUUCUUCUUUGAUUUUGGAUUCUGGAAAAUUCCGUAAAUUUGAUGAGUUGCUACCAGAAUUCAAGGAAAACGGUGAUAGAGUGCUUAUUUUUAGCCAAUUCACUAUGAUGUUGGACAUUAUUGAAGAAUAUCUUAAGAUUAAAGAAGAUAUAAAAUAUUUACGAUUGGAUGGACAAACGCCAGUACAUGAACGGCAAGGUUUAAUCAAUAAUUUCAACGAUGAUGCUGGAAUCUUCAUUUUCCUGCUGUCAACACGAGCAGGAGGCUUGGGUAUUAAUCUGACGUCUGCCAAUGUUGUCAUCAUUCAUGACAUUGACUUUAAUCCAUACAAUGACAAACAAGCUGAAGACCGGUGCCACAGAAUGGGACAGACAAAGACUGUCAAAAUUAUCCGUUUGUUGAGCAAAGACACAGUGGAAGAAGCAAUGUUCCGAUGUGCCCAGAAAAAAUUAACUCUUGAGAAAGAUGUCACGUCUUGUGAUGCACAAAAUGGUCAGUUCUUUUCUUCAUUCUUUCUUUUAAGGAUUGUGUCUUAA